AAGGCCAAAGACUCUCGCGGCGUCGACUACUCGCUACGAACACGCGCAAACAUUUCUACCCCGUCGCAUACCAACCGGGUCCCUAUAGCCAGCCAUGUCUGACGAACCUCGCAAGCGCUCUCGUUUUGAUCAGACCGAGUCUGACGCGCGCCCCUCUCGCUUCGACCGUCGCUCGCGCUCGCCUAGGAACAGAAACUCGGAGCCUCGCCAACGUACUCGUAGUCCCGUCUCUGGCACAAACAGCCCUGCUCCAAAAGACCCUGCCGCCGCAGCUGCUGCUGCCGCCGCCAAAAUCAAUGCCUCGAUCCAGGCUCGCAAAGGCAUCCAACAUGUCGACGUUCCGCCAAUCCGCUCCGUACGCCGACACAAUACCCUGUCCGACUCGCAUGCGACCUCAGCGCUGACCCAUCCUGUGCAGACCGAAAGCCCUGGCGCGAAUGGAGCCCAGUCGCCCGCCGCAGGCUUGAACGCUGAAAUCUACACUCAAGAUGGUGAUUCCAUUCGCGACAUCGAAGUCAACGAUCUGCGUAAUCGCUACACCCUGACCAAGGGCUCUACCCAAAAAAUGGUAAAUUAUCACCGUCAAGCCCAACUGAUGCUGCAGUCACUUCAAAUCUUGCCCUGUUCUCCAAAGCUUGCUUGUUUUGGUUGAGACCAUUUGAAUCUCCAGAUUGCUCACUUCUAGCCCAAUAGCCUCUCGGCAUCCCCGCUUUGCAAAUGCUGACCUCAAGUGUGUGACAUCUAGAUUAAAGAAAAGACCGGCGCCGGUAUGCACCAUCCUUAUACACUGACGAUUUGAUCACAAGGCUUAUUUGUCCUAAAGAUGUCACCACCAGAGGAAGCUACUACCCCGACAAGGCCAUGGCCACCGCUGCCGUGAGUUCAUGGCUAAUCUCUGACCUACUCCAUGUGAUUGACCAGACGUAGAACCCCCCGCUCUAUC